GCCAACAUGGACGAAAUGGCGAAGUCUAUGAUGUUGACACUUGUGUUUAUUUUAACCCUGUUUGUCCUGCCAUCCCAAGGGAGGAUUUUCUCUCUGGAUUUAAAGACAGAGGAGCGGCGAGAGGUACCCCUAAGUACAUUUGGCUUCCUGAAGAAGGGGACACUGGCGGUGAACAUGACCGUAUUUGCUGUCACCAGCCCAGAACAGUUUAAUUACAAAGAUGCAAUGUUUGGGUUUACACUUGACAAGAGUGGCAGCAAAGGAAUAUCAAGCUAUAUGGAGGACAACCAGGGCAAGUGUAUCCUACAGUCACCACCAGCAAAACAGUACACUGACAGCUCCGUCUCUAUUAUCUUCUUCAAGAUGAAUUUCAAGACACUUGAUAUGACAUUGAUAAGAAGAGGAAAGGGCAUUAAGACACUACAGAUCACAGAUGAUGUAGAUUUCAUCAACAGACGCCUUAACCGCCACGUCAUGUCUAAGCCGAAGGUCCUCCUUGGAGACGAACAAAUGGUUGGUCGUAAUAAAGCCAAACGGGAAGCCAGUAUUCCAAAACCAUCCACAACAACAAUGAGUAUUGCACAUCCUCCUAAAUCUUCAGCCAAGGCUUCUGCUUCAUCAGACAAACCAGGGAAUGGGAAACCUACUUCAUCAGACAAACCAGGGGAUGGAAACCCUACUUCAUCAGACAAACCAGGGGAUGGGAAACCUACUUCAUCAGACAAACCNAAACCUACUUCAUCAGACAAACCAGGGGAUGGGAAACCUACUUCAUCAGACAAACCAGGGGAUAGUAAACCUACUUCAUCAGACAAACCAGGGGAUGGGAAACCUACUUCAUCAGACAAACCAGGGGAUAGUAAACCUACUUCAUCAGACAAACCAGGGGAUGGGAAACCUACUUCAUCAGACAAACCAGGGGAUAGUAAACCUACUUCAUCAGACAAACCAGGAAAUACUUCAGCUAAAACACAGGAUAGUUCAAUGCAGAAAACCAUUAAGAUGUACAAGACAAAAGAUGGCGAAUAUUCUGCCUUUUUUGCCGUGGCCAUUAACACAGAUGAAGAGGAAGGUCUGUACAACCUGUACUUCCACAACUGUUACAACUACCCCAAGGAGAUGACCGAGGUCCACCUCAUGUUGGGAAUCACAGAGGCCAAUGAUAAGAACUUCCUGUCUGCGGGAGGAAUGCCAAUACCUAAACUCUUCUUUGGUCUCUUUGUUGUAUAUGUCCUGACAGCCAUUGUCUGGUCAACCAUCCUCAAGAGGGGCAGUGAUGAUGUAUACAAGAUCCACUACCUUAUGCUGUCCGUCAUCACGGUGAAGAGUCUGUCCUGUCUGUUCCGUUCCAUCAACAGCCAUUUUAUCUCAGUGGAAGGAUUUCAUAGAGAAGCCUGGGCAGUCUUAUACUACAUUGUGUAUCUAACCAAGGGGGCACUGCUGUUCUCAACCAUCCUUCUCAUAGGUGCUGGCUGGGCCUUUGUUAAACACAUCCUGUCUGUCAAAGAGAAGAAACUGUUCCUUAUCAUUCUACCACUACAGGUACAAUAAACUUGUUUGUACUGAAAAAACACAGUAAAGUCUAUCUAUACUGAAUAGCUAAAAAGACCAGAGUACAAAAAUAAUAUUGGUUAUUUUAAAGAUUACGAGUAGAACGGGAAAUAUUACAGAGGUCAUUGCGGUGUUACUAGAAAGUAUACGAGUAGAACUGGUAAUAUUACAGAGGACGUUGCUGUGUUAUUAGAAAGUAUACGAGUAGAACUGGUAAUAUUACAG